CUGCGUAUUGCACUGUCACGCUGAACUUAAGCAACAAAUCAAAUUUUAAUAUUACUUGGUAAACUUUAUUUAUAAAUAUUAUAUAUUAUUGAAGAUCAGCACAUGUUAAAUUUGAUAUUAUAAAAUAGCUGUGGACGAUAUGGAACACUGCACCCGGCCUGGAUUAGGGUGUCAGUCGCGUCCUUCGAUCAAUCGGGUUUGUAUGUUUGACUAUCCACACAUUUUAAAAACUCUCCAGUGAAAGUAUUUGAAGAUAUGUUGGGCGUAAAAAUAUGGAAUACAGUGAAGUUAAACAAUGUGUUGAAGAUUUUUAAAUAAUGAAGCCAUCCAGUGAAGAAUAAUUGUCUUAUUGUUUAUUUGUCAACUGUGUAAUGAUUAUAAUUAUUGAUAAGAAAUGGAAAUUGGCAGUACUGCAAACACUAUUACCCAGAGAGUAGUCAAAAAUCAAACUUCAAACUUGGAUUUAUCGACAAAAUUUGCUGAAAAUAAAAAUUGAUUAAAAAAAACUAAAAAUGUCUGAUGAAAUGGUAAAGUAACGACAGUAUACAUAGAUGGCAAUCUUCAAAAAGUACGAAAGAAAAUGGAAGAAACGCUGUAAAUGAAACGUUAUAAAACAGUGUUAUGUUAGAAACAGUGAAGCACCCUCUUCGAGGGCGUACAGUAUUAGCUCUUUUGAUAAUAAACAGUACAUAUGUACUGCUAUCAGACGCUGCUGCGUUUCCCGACUGGACAGACUGUCCAAUUGUCUGCAGUUGCAAAUGGACAUCAGGAAAAAAAUCAGCAUUUUGCCCAGACGCCGGGUUGACGUCUUUACCAGCAUCACUGGAUCCAGAUAUGCAAGUACUUGAUUUAUCGGGUAACAAAAUACCAGCAUUGCAAGAUGAAAUUUUCAAACGAAAUGGACUCGUCAAUUUGCAAAAAGUAUUUCUUCGUAACGCGGGUAUACACGAAAUUCAUGCGGAUGCCUUCAAAGACAUGCGUAUACUCGUAGAAGUUGAUUUAUCUGACAACCAUGUCGCGAGCUUAGAACCAAAUACUUUUUUUGGCAAUGAAAGGCUUCGAGUAUUAACUCUGAGCGGUAAUCCACUGAUUACCCUUAAAAGUCAUCAAUUUCCGCUGCUGCAGCAUCUAAGAUUUUUAGAACUACAAAGAUGUGAAUUGACUGAAAUUCAUAGUCUUGCAUUUGUUAGUUUACCCGGUUUAGAAUCAUUAAAACUUGAUAAUAAUCAAUUAACCCACUUGGAUGACACCACAAUAUCAUCAUUACCAAGCCUAAAGACUCUUACACUUGACGCAAACAAAUGGUCAUGUGAUUGCCGAUUGAAGAGUUUUCGCAAUUGGCUAAUACCCGAUGUGCCAAAAAAAAUAUAUUCCGUAUCACAAAUUUGUAACGGGCCAUCAAGACUCGAGGGUCGUCGUUGGGAAGACGUUAAACCCGCUGACUUUGCCUGUGCGCCACAAGUUAAAGUCUACUCAAGUCCAAUGCAAGAAGAAGUUAACGGUAAUUUAAGUCUAUCUUGUCUUAUUUCCGGUGAUCCAUUACCCGAAUUCUGGUGGCAACUGAAUGGCGGUUUUUUGAAUUUAACUCGCAACACUGAAUCAACAGCGUCGUAUUCGCCAUUGGUAUCUUAUAUCGUAACUUUUACAUCAACACCAGAAUUUAGUCACUAUCGUCCUGAUGGAAAGCUGCCAGAACGAUGGAAUAACAUAACAAUUUACAAUGCAAGUGACAGUGAUGCCGGUGAAUAUACAUGCCAUGCUAAAAAUAUCGCCGGUACUGCUAAGGAUACCACGAAUAUUGUGGUACCUCGUGUUUUUACGGCACCAACUUUGUCGCAGACAGACAAUUGGUUACUUUGGGUGACGCUUGCUGGUGGUGGUACAGCAGCAUUAUUUGGAUUUAUAUCAGCAGUACUGAUGGUCCUGUGUCUUUGCGGUGGUUCAAGAAGACGCAGCAGACGUGAAAAAGUUAAAUUACAAGGUAGUACAAGUUUUGGUGAUCAAGAAAAAAAACUAUUAGACUUAUCAGUAACAACAACUGGUACAAGUGGUUGUAAUACUAAUGAACGUAUAAGUGGCCACGGUAGUUUAGCAGACACAUGUAGUCCGGGUGAUCUAGAACUUGCAGAACGUGCUUCCAUUUGUGAUGCCACAACCGUCACCGUCGAAAGACUCAGACCCGAGUGUGGUAGCAUUAAUUCGACGGCAUUACGUAAUAAUGUAACAUCGUGUUCAACAACCGGAUUUCCACCGCCACCACCAGAAUUUACCGGCGGUGUUUUACCUUCUGGUAUAUUUGGAAAUAUAUUUAUUUCAGUAGCUUUACCACAAGAUGUUGAACGUUGUUAUCCAGAUUUACUUGAUAUUCCAGUUCAUGCACCAACGAUAACUGAUAAAAGUAAUUUUCCAACUUCUUUACAAGCGUCAUCAAUGAUAUCAAGUUUCGCGACUCUACCACGCAGAUCACUACGUACUGAACUAGGAUCGCAGUAUGACAACAUGGGUCCACGUGUUACCGCCACCGGAAGUUCAACGUUUUCAUUAACGGAUGAUCUACAUUUAUCACCGCCCCCACCACCGGUUAUUAAGCCGCCAAUCGAAUUUGUUUCUCUAUGAAACGAAUUAUAAAUUUCAUUUUUUAUUUAUUUAAUAGUAAUAUUUAUAAUUAACAAUAAUUUAAAUCAUAACUAUAAAAAUAAAAUUACUAAUAAGACAUUAGUUAUGUAUCUGAUCUUGUAUGUUUCGUCGUCUGCCUGUCUGUCCACUA